GGAUGCUGGUAACAGGUUUCUCGUAAAGGCAAAUGUAGUUCUAUUUCAGGCUCCCGGUCGGAGGUUUGCCGGCUAUCACCUUGAACCUCUCACAGUGAGGGGAGCAGGAGAGAGAGGGCAGGUUCACACAGUGCCCGGGAGCUGGAGCUGGCUGCCCCCUUCCAGGUCACUGUCGCUGACUUCUCGUGACCUGGGUUGACCUGUCACUAUGCAGCCCUCGGACAGUGACGAGGAUGUGGACACCCCUGACGCAGUGGGGUCUUCCCACAUUCCCCCCACCAUCUACGUCAUCAAGUUUCACCCCGGCACGGCGCGAGAGGCAGUGGAGUGGUUCAUAGAACGCAUCGAGGCCAAGAACAAAUACGGAGGUGCAGAACUGCUGGUGAGGUGUGAACCUCAGAAGCAAGGUCAGGGAGUGACGGCGCACGUCUCAGCCACCAAGAUAAAGUUACUGGAGAUCGCUGAAGCUACCGAGAUCCAGAAGAGGUCAGCUUCCGGCCUCGUCCAGGAGUUCAGUGUGCGUGACCUGGACCAGUUCCUGUACUCAGGUCAGACCCUGGACACCGUCCUCACCCCGGCUGAGAGAGAGUACUGUGUCAGACAUGAACUGGAUGCCAUCAGGGCUAAGCAGGAGGAGGGCCACGUCCCUGGAUACCCGGGUAUCAAGCUCUUCCCUGGACAGUCCCUUGUGGACGUGUACUUGGCUGAGGAGCUGAUUUUACAGAUGUUUCCACUCCACGACCGUCAAGUACUUGACAGCCUGGCUACCCAAUGGUACCGAGCCAUCUUCCAGACCGCCCCCUUCCAGGAGAUUCGGUCCUACUUCGGCGAGUCGGUGGCCAUGUACUUCAGCUUCCUGGGAUUCUACACUAUGGCGCUGGUGGUGCCAGCUGGCCUGGGUCUGGCACAGAUGGUACAUCCACCUGCAGCCAGUGUGAAGCACCGGUGGCGCGAGUUGGCAUACUCAUGGGGGACGCUAGGAACGACACAACCUGGAAACAGGCGCCCCAGACCAAACUCCGAGGUACUAUGCAACAAAACCCCAUUACUGGCCGUUAUGAACCUGGCUUACCCUGCUACUGAAGACCCAGGUUUCAAGAUGUACUUCAUAUCUGCGCCGCUGGUGGGUCUGUGUCUGGUGGGUUCACUGUGGAUGAUGGUGGGUGCGUUCUGGGCUGAAGAGCAACUGGUCGACUGGAAGAGACGUUAUGGUACCAUAGCUGGAGUCUUCAUCCACGUUCCUUCUGCUGUCUACGCUGCCAUAGUCUGGCUACUUAACUAUUACUACAAGAGGCUGGCUACCAGCCUCACCCAGUGGGAGAACCAUCGUACGCAGAGUGACUACGACUGGAAUCGAGUAAGCAAAUUAGUGGUCUUCGAGUUCGUGAAUAACUUUUGUUCUCUCUUCUACAUCGCCUUCUACAUCCAGGACAUGGACAUGUUGUGCUCGCAAGUGGCGACAAUGUUGAUCGUGACGCAAAUGAUCAAUCACUUCCAAGAAGCGCUCCUGCCUUACGUGGUCAAGAAGGCUUACACCCAGAUGGCUGAGAGGGUGGUGACGGAGCUGAGGAACCACCCACUCACUGAGAGGUUCUUCCUGGAGGUGGUUCGUCCGGUCCACUCGGCCCCUCUGGAAGAAGAGCCUGUCCCGGUCCUCUCGCUCGACUCCAAGGACCCGAGGAUCACCCAGGCCAAGGAGGAGGCUGACCUCGACCCCUACGAGGAUUGCUAUGACGACUACUUGGAGAUGUUCCUGCAGUUCGGCUACGUCUUCCUCUUCUCUUCGGUGUAUCCGAUGGCGGCCUUCUGGGCGGUCCUCAAUAAUAUUCUCGAACUGAAGACUGACGCCUUCAAGUUGUGUCGAGUGUACCAGCGACCCAGCGUCAAGAAGGUCGGCUCCAUCGGCGUGUGGCAGGGAGCCUUCGAGCUGCUCGGGUGUGUAGCGGUUAUCACCAACUGUGCUCUCCUCUGUAUGUCCCCUCGUGUUCGACCCCUUGCCCCUUCCACCUCCCCAGUCGAGUGGGUUCUUCUCUUCGUGUUGCUGGAGCACCUCAUCCUGGGUGCCAAGGUUGCACUUAUGUGGCUGGUACCAAACCAGCCCUACUGGGUACGUCAGGCUCUUGAGAAGAUCAACUACCAGUCGAAGCUCGCUCUCAGGAAUGAGCGGUGUAAGAAGACCCGGCGGCAUCUCUCAAGACGCUUCAGGAGUGUUCACGGUGUACCACGCUCCGGCUCACGUUCCAGAGGUACCACUCCCGUCGCUCAGAACGGGGGAGUCAGGCAUCGAACCCCUUCCAGAGACUACCGGGACUACUAGAUGGUAGGGGAGAACAAGCCUCGUCUAAGGACAACCGGGACUACUAGACGAGUGACCUACUACUACUACUACUAAUUCUGCUAGGCCAGUUCCCUGGCACUUCCAUUACUUACAUAACCUCUUAAAGCCCUCCAAGUGUUGCUGUUAGACUAGCCUCCUGCACCAGCUGCUUUGCCACCUGCUUCAGGAGCAUCAACUACCACUACGACUGCACAUGGCGUGUUGCCCACAAGCAUGAACACAAAGACAAGUUGCAGAACACGAUUUUACUGAUAAAGCUCUGAAUAUAACGAAACGUUGUCUCAUAUAUAAAAAUUUCUGCGCAA